AGCCCAAUUUCAAAAGGUGGGUUAUUCUUGUUCGUGGGUUUUUUUGUAGUACUCCCUCCAGUCCACUAUAUGUGUCAUUGUGUCCAUGUUUUACUGGUCCUGAAUGUGUGUCAUUGCAGUUGGGCCUAUGUAGAAUUGUGUACAUUCAUUACCAGGAACUUCCUUUGUCACUAUUACACUUAUUUUAACUACUUGUCACUAUCACUACUAUGCUUCUUCCUCAGCAGCAGCGGCAGCAAGAACUUGCCUUMCUGCUGCAAUGCAAUCAGGCUCGCAAAUAAUCAAAACUGGGAGCACACCUGCACGGAUCAGGCUUGCUUUUCCAAGAUGGGGAAGCUUGUAGUUAUUAUCACCUCCAACACCAAGUGAGGCUUGCAUACAAGCCUGCAGAGACAAAAGCACAUUAUUCAAUGUUUCACGCUUGCACUCAUCAAAAGCUUGCUUUACAUUUUCAAUCAAAUGAUCAAUCCCUUUUGAUCUUUUCUUGUACUGCAAGCUUUGAAUCGAAUUGAAGAAUCCAAGAKCAAUAACAUUCAUGUCUGGACUGUUUGGUGGCUGGGUUUUUACUCGAAUAUUCCACCCAGCACUUUCUGCAGCUUUUGCGACAUCGUCUCUGAUUGAGGGCUUGUGUGGCUUUGCAUUGUCCUCCUGAAUKAAAAUCUCAGGAGGAGGAUUCCCAUCCGCUCUUGCAUAGAUUGCCAGAAGCACCUCUUCAAGCAACUUUUGCUUAUACACCUCACCGUUUACAUUCUGUGGCUUCGUGACUAGGGUUCCUGCUGGAYGGUUGACAGAGUUUCUUUUUGCCCUUUCUUUAACCACCACAAAAGGCCAGAUCCCAAUUUUUCCAUCAAACCAAGCAYUGCGGCGCRAAUCAUACCUUGGACGUGCUGUGGCAAACAAGAACAUAACCUUCGUCAUAUGGUUUUUAGACUUUGAUGUAGACUUGGGUUCAUYUUCAUCAGCUAGCAGAUAGGUUGUUUGUGUAGUCCUCUUCAAGUAAAACCAUUUCUCAUCGAUAUGAAUCCACUUGAACCAAUCRUUGAAUCUUCCACUACUUGCAUCAAUGUGACUYAAUAUCCAUUGAACUYRWRGGAGUUUGUUUGCAGGAGUUAGUAGUGGCUUGGUACUCCCGUUGUGCUUUUUAAUGUUGCCACGCUUUACCAUACAAMRAAGAGACGUCUUAGGAAUUCCAGUAGCAGCAGAAAGACUUCUUAAAUCACCUUGAUCUUUCAGYGGAACAUUCCUUACAGCSUCGUCCAAUCCUUCCAUAUGCUUGAGUUUGCGACCAGAGUUGGGUCUUCUAGAUAGCACAUCACCAGCAGGGCAAGUGAUAGGAUCCACAGUUUGCUUGUACCRUUUCCAAAUCCUUACRAUUGUCCUGAUUGGUAUGUYGUAGGUUGAUGCUGMUUCCUUGAGGGCUCCCCUUUCCAGAACCAACUUUCCAGUAGAGUUUCUUUGAUGAUGCUGCAAAAGAUACUGGACAAUGGCGAGUCUCUGAUUGUUUGUCAAGUUCUUUCUCAGCUUUUUACUAGGAGAUGCAUCACUGCUUGAGGGGUCACCACUUGAAUCGCUGCUUGCUGAAGACAGCAAGGCUGCAUCUGCAGUCUCUUCAGCAGUAAGGAGUACUAGCCUUGCGUCCGUAAUCAUCGUGUCGUCUGUGUUUGAUUUGCUUUAGAAAGGAUCAAGGAGGGGAAAAGUGAGUAAAAACAACCAGCGGCGAAUAAGAAAGGCAUGCAACGUUGCUGGUGGUUGAUUGUUGAAUCGAUGCAUUGGAGACUGUCGAUGGAUUGAUGGAUCCCUUUUCAGUGGAAGCAACAGAGGCAGGAGGAGUGCCGGCGAGUCGRUGGAUCCCCUCUCAGUGGAAGCAACGGAGGCGGGAGUCAAUGCAACCCCUCUCAGUGGGGGCAACGGAGGCGGGAGAAGAAGCGCUGGCAAGUCAAUGGAUUCCCACUUAGUGGAAUCAACGGAGACACAUUGGCUCAACAGAGAAACUUUGGCUCAACGGAGAUGCGCUCCCCUCCCCCCGCGCCUCUUAGUGGAAGCAACAGAGGCGGGAGUCGACAGAUCCCCUCUCAGUGGAAGAAACAGAGAUGCGCUCCCCUCCCCCUGCGCCUCUUAGUGGAGGCGCUCAGUGGAGAUGCUCAGUGGAGGCACGUAGGCUCAAGGUCGAUGAGUCACAUGAGGUGCAAGAAAGAAGAAGGGUCUCUAGUCAGUUGAAUGGGAAGAGCGAAGUGACGGAAAGGAGUCGAAAAGAGGAAAUUGGGAGGUGUAGUGAAAUCAAGAGUGAAAUUUAUCACAUGAAAAUAACACGGGCAGCAUUUUUGGACCAUGUGCACAGCAUUUUUUUUCUCUUCGAUUCCUCUCUCCAGCUCAAAAUUAAAAAAAACACAUGAAAACUGCAUGCGCCCGAAUAAAUGCCCGAGCAAUAUUUGGGUUCUCUAGUGACCCACUAUGACUGCAUAAGAACAUUCACAAUAAUUAUGAUAAGAAUAUCAUGAUAAAGCUCUCAGUCUUAGCUUUGUAGAGCUGUAUUUUGUGCCUUUUAAUGACCGGUAGAGCCUAACUGCUGACAGUAAAAUCACAUUCAUGUGCCAAAAAUGGCUCUGUUUGAACAGCUAUAAAGAGUUCACCAAUGACGUUAACUUAACACACUUAACACAAGUGUAUACCACUACAAUAGAUCUGUUAAGCAAAAAAAGAACCAUUCCAAUCGCCCAAGUAUUGACCUUAUUUCAGUAGUAAAGGUUAUAAAAUGACACAUAUAGUGGACCGGAGRAAGUAGUUUAAUUUUCACCUGAAAAAACAUUUUGAAAACAUGAGUUAUUUUUCACGUAUAAACCCACGAAACUUGGGUUACUUUUCAACAAAAAUAAGCCACGUUUUUCUAGGGGAGGAAUUCGGAUUUCGAMCGUGGGUUCCGGAGCGGAGGGCCCUGAAUUGAUGGAAUAUUAGUUUAGGUGCGCGCACCUCUCUAAAUUAUGACCGCUGAUUCUAGUGUCAAAAGAUCAAAAAACUAUGGCGACACGAGCGCSUGUCUCCACUGUGCGUGCAUGAUUAUUGACUUAUUUCCUUUAUCUCACGUACUUCAAUUACUUCGUACCCGUGGACUUUUUGAAUUCUCAUUUAAAGUCAACGGAAACUACAGUUACGGCGAAGUUAUGGCGAUGAGAUACUUAAUCCUGGUUUUGAGUCGUGCCAUCCGGAACGUGUUUCACCGCGCACCUAUCACAAAAUCACGUYUCUCACUAUUUUCUCGUUCCGCAGAAAACAGUGAAACGUCCUUUUUGGUCCUUGAAACAUCCCGAUGGAACGAGACGGACGACAAGGGACAGCACACUGCUCUCCACAGUCAGAKUAUYGUAACACACAUGCAAGAAGGCACGACAACGGUUACUUCAUUAUUUUAGUAUCGAUAGAACAACAAUACGKUACAAGUCUGCCAUGAAAGAAAGGAGUUCUUUUUCGGGGAAGGUUGCCUUCCCUAAAACCAUGCCGUCGUUCAGCUCAUGGAACCCUCUCCAGGCAAUAUAUUUCAAGAAGAGAGGCGUCGAACGGAUCAUGGAGAAAAAUAAAAAAUCCUCUGGCGCGGUCUUCAGCCCUCAGUUUGCAAAGGAAACGAAGGUCAGGAUCGAAAGGCAAUCAAUGAUGACCAURCGCAAACAAGACCGCGACGGGGAAACAAUACCCUCGCUGAUGGACUGCGCAAUUCCAGAAGAAGCCUCUGAAACCACGGGAUCGAUAUCAGAAUUCACAAAUUACGACGAGGACUCUUCGAUUGUGUCGAUCGAUUGGUCACUUCCUGGGGUGGAAGACCAAACGAAAAUGAAAAAUCAAUAUGAUUGCCGCRACACAGAUUACUGCGACAUMGAAGAAAGAAAUAGGARAAUUGCUGCUGCAAAGGAACAUAAACGGAAGAAGUCGGAGGGUGCAAUUGAAAUGAUUGGCCUCAAUGUGAUUUUUCUGUGUGAUGCUGUAAACUGGGGCGGCUGUACAUCGUAGAUAUUGACAUAGACUAACGAGCUUCAAAAUUUAGAA